UCAGUGUUGGUGUGGAAGGUGAUGAGUGUAGGUUGUUGCUGCUUCCCGUGUUCUCCCACACACUGUGAACACUGAACACACGUGCUCACUCCUCUCAUCCUCCUGUGCCUCCUCCUCUUUUAACCUCUGAUGUGCACGAGCUUCUUGUCUCGCAGUGUCUCGCUGAGACACACAGAGAGGGAGAGAUAAUCCAGGUAGUUUUACAAGACUCAACCAGCGUUUUGGAUGAAUUGAGAAGUGAUAAAUAAUUAAGAUUAUUGAUUAUUCCCUUCCUCACCCCCACCCAUCUUCCUCCUCCUCCUCCUCUCUCUUACUUUCUUCCUCUUCCUCCUAAAUUAUUACCUCUUGUCUUGCGACUUCAGCUUCGAGUCAACAUUGAGAGUACACAAGGUCCUGGUGACUAUCGCCGCUGGUUCAACAUUAAGAUCAUUGAUCAUGGGAGUAUGCUCCACCUCCCAGAUGGGUGUGUGGGCGUGGGCGGUGGUGGUUGCAGCCUGCAGCCUGACCGUGGGUGUGGCAGGGCAACGCGCCCCCUGCUAUGAGUGUGAGAUGUACAAGGACGCUCACCCACACUCCAACCCUUACAUAGCUAUCCGUGCCCACUGCGUUUACCCGUGUGGGUGUGAAGGUGUGCCAGAGUGCGGUGUGGGCGUACGGGUGGUGAUGGACGGGUGUGGGUGCUGUUGGCAGUGUGCCCGCCAGCUGGGAGAGCCAUGUGACGGUGCCACAUUAUGCGAUGUAGCAGCGGGACUCACAUGUAGCUACGCCUCCACCGCUGAUCCUACAGGAACCUGCCAAAAGGUGCGACCUGCCAAGUGUAGGGUCAACAACACAACGUACGACCAUGGCCAGAGCUUCGCCCUUGACUGUCGCACCCAGUGUACUUGCCAGAAUGGGACGUACGCGUGUGUGUCACUCUGCCCUAGUGAGAGCAUCUUACCUGGUGCCCAGUGCCACAACCCACACCUGGAGGCAGUGCCAGGACAGUGCUGCAGAGAGUGGAUGUGUGACACCGACCCAGGUAAGGUCGUGGGGCCGCCAGCAUGUGAGAGGGAGGCUGGUGAGUGGUCAGCAUGUUCCAGGGCGGAGUGUGGAGCUGGUGUGUCUGUACGCUGGACCACAGACAACCCCGAGUGUCGCCCCGUCAACCAGACUCGUCUUUGCCAGGUUCGUCCCUGUGAGGAGUGGCUCACGGGUCACCAUCAGAAGCAGUUAACACCACAUGAAUCACCAAAAGGCUCAAGGAAGCAUCAUAUUAGGCGUGGACACACGUGCAAGGCAACACAGAGGGAGGUGAAAUCACUACGUCUCCGUGCUGGCUGGUGCAUCAGUGAACACCGCUACAAACCCAAGCAGUGCGGGGCUUGUGUUGACCGCUGCUGCACUGUGCAUACCUCCACCACCAUUUCUGUGGCAUUCCUCUGCCCUCUACAUUACAACAAGGACCUCUCUGCCUCUCGACCUCGGUAUCAUAUUCUUUCCAAACUACGUGGAACCCAUCCUCUCACCCGUCCAACCACCACCACGACCACCACUACCCAAGCCCCUAAUGUGUACGAUAUGAUGGAUGAAGGUCAGCCGGUAGUAGAAGUCGCUCAGACGUAUAUACGACCACUAGAUAAUGAAAAUACAGCUGAGGGGCGUCAUUAUACAGACCUACAAGACGAUAAACACCCAGCCAGCAACUACUACAAAUACAAAAUCGUCGGAAGUAGCAGCAGCUAUCGUGAAAGUGACUUUCACUUGUUACAUAAUAACUUGUUAGUCGGGGGGCGAGUAAAAUACAGCCAUCAAAAGCGACAGCUACGAGUAUUUCCCCAGGUGGAGGGGAUCCUUGGGGGCAAAUGCAGCAGGCCCGCGACAUCCGCCUGA